CUCAUUUCUCCUGGGAUUAACUACUUUGGAAUUUCUAUGAUUGACUUCUCCACUUGGACCUAAGGAGCUCAUUAUUGAGAUAACAUCAUCCAGAUAGAGCCUUGGUUCUCCAUCUCAUCACUUAUAGGUAACAGUGUGGACGGUUACGUAACCAGGAUCCUGGAUUGAGCCAGCUGGAGAGAGAGAGAGAGAGAGAGAGAGAGAGAGAGAGAGCGAGCGCAGCCCAAGCUACUGCGCUCCAAGCUACUGCGCUCCAAAUUCUCCUCGGAACUUGCGCAUGCAAAACGCCUGUCCCUUCUUCUUCCUCUUCCAGGGACCUUAGCAACUGCGUGCCUCUGGUGAUAGGGCAGUCUAGCAGGCCGGCGUCGCCGGGGAGCUUGGCAUGCCCCAAACCUUCCCAGGAAAGAAGCCGGGUUCGGCUUCGGCCCGUAGAUUAAUAAGGCGAAGCCUGUCGGCCCCUCCCCCACGACCCGAACGCCGGGGCCGCGGCGCAGGGAGAGUUAACCUCGCUGUAUUUCCCCGCCCCACUCCCGCCCAGGUUAUUGGAGGCUGGGCCCUGGCCGGCAUUUCCCAUUGGUCCCGGAGCCGGCACGGCGCUGAUUGGCCUGGGGCUCGCAGAGAGGCUCGCCGCUUGGCUCGGAGUGGCAGCUCCAGGCCUCCCCUGGGCUCCCUUAUUGGGCCGAGCUGCAACCGCCAGCAGCCCCUGGUUUGGGACGCGAGCCUGGAGACUCGGUUCCGGAUCCUGGGAGUUCCACCCGAUGUGCAAGCGGGUCCAUCUUCGCCGCGCCCCGGGCCAAUUGCUGAGAUCUCCGUCCGGUCCCCUUUCCUCUGUGAUCCCUCCGGUCUGCAGAGCGUCCCUGUCUCCCCUGGCUGUCUCCGCCUGUCAUUCACUCACCUCUCUGGCUUUGGAGCCUCUGUGUCCUCCCUUCCUUUGAGCCCUAGACCAGCAAGGACCUUUCAUACAGAUAGGUCUCUUCUCCACCCCUCCCUUCUCAAUUUCUGCAUGCUAUUUCAACCUUAGUGACUAUUCCCUUUA